GCAUUCUACAAAGCCCACUUUUAGAAAUUGAGCUCGGCAAAGCCCACUUUUAUCUCUCCCUCGCGAACUCUCUCUCUCUCCCGCGCCUCUACGGAUCCUCUACAUCUCUGCAAAUCACUCAGCGAAAGCUAAUGAGGAGGAGGAAGAUUGCGAUUCAUUUUCAAGGGUUUUAGAGAGGUCUUUGAAGUAAAACUCAAGGAUGGAUUCGUCACAGAGUGCAGCAACAGCAGGGACUGGCGGUGGCGGGCCUGGCGGCAAUGGGAUGAUCAUCUCUCAAGCCAAUGACACAACAGCAACAACUGCUGGGGACGAUCCAAAGCAGAACUUGAACCACGUCAUCAACUCUAUCCAGAAAACUUUGGGCCUUCUUCACCAGCUCAACCUUACUGUCUCUUCCUUCAAUGCUGCCUCUCAGCUUCCUCUUCUCCAACGCCUCAAUUCUCUUGUUAUGGAGCUCGACAACAUGGUUAAAUUAGCUGAGAAGUGCAACAUUCAGGUUCCUAUGGAGGUUCUUAAUUUGAUUGAUGAUGGAAAGAAUCCAGAUGAAUUCACGAGGGAUGUCAUAAACAGCUGUAUCACCAAAAAUCAGAUCACAAAAGGCAAAACUGAUGCCUUUAAGGGUUUACGCCGACAUCUUCUAGAAGAACUUGAGCAAACAUUUCCUGAUGAAGUUGAAUCUUACAGAGAGAUACGUGCAGCCUCUGCUGCUGAAUCAAAAAGGCUUGCACAAGCACAAAGCAUAUUACCAAAUGGAGAUAUGAAAGGCUAAUCCGAUCUUUAGGUGCCCAUUUAUGGUGGUGGUGCAAUCGAUCAAAGAUCAUAACUCCCACCACUCUGAAUUAACACUAGAUUCAUCAAGAAAACUACUGCACCAAUCUCCUAAUGAUGUUGGGGAACCAUCUGUUGGUUCUACCAUGUUCAGAAUGCCAGUUUCUUCUGCAGUGUACUCAGCAGCAUCACUCAUCAGCAUGUUGGUUUGGUGAUGGUCACUUUCUGAUAGAACUCCGGCAAUUUCUUUUGAUUCAAACACAGGUUCUCUUUUCACCGAUAUGCCUUCACUGCUGUUCCCCUUUUCGCUCCCAUGUGGCUCACCCAGCAGGCUUUUCAGUUUCUGGGACUGUUGUAAACCAUAAAAUACUUAUAAGAAUUGCCUGUAAUUAGCUACUUAUGUUUAGAAUUAUAGUGUA